AUGGCGGGAGUGACGAGCUCAGGCGAGCGUAUCACCUCUGCCGCAGCGCUCUUUGCGCCUCAAGCACCCGCCCUCCCGACUGGGCCCAUCCCUUCGACGACGCCUUCAUCAGCCUCGAAAGUUUUCUCUAGCCAAUUCACGACAGCGAGCGGCAGCUUGGCGACAGUCUCUAUCGACACAUUCGCUGAGCAGAUUGCAGACUUGCUCGAUGCCCUCAGCCGAACGCUACCUGCCAAUGACAGGCUGUCGUUCGGCGAGCAACUCAACACGCAAGCCAGCGAAGCGGGCGAGGAUGAGGUCAUGCAAGCAGAGGUACUCACUGGCGCCCUGAAAGAGAUGACGCAUCGCGGUCUGGCAGGCCAAGUGGACGCGGCAGAUCUCGAGGGUUUCACGACGCUCGUCAUCAUGCUCGUCAAUCGACACUACAAGCCAGUUUCGCAGGAAUACGUCAGUGCGCUCGACUCGCUUGCCAACGUCAUCCUCGGCGCAGGCGCGACUGCAGGCACAGGCAGAUAUACUUCUCUCACUGCUCUCUUCAACGCGCUACCGGCUAGCUUCCCGGCGACAGCAAGACUUGAGCAUAUCACCAGACUGAUCGAGUUGGCAGCUAGCUCAUCUGCCGCAGCUUCUUCUUCUGCGGACCUCGAGAUUGUCCUGCCUGCUAUUGCUCUUUUGCCCACAUGGCUGCGAGAAUGGCAGCUACUCGACUCCGCCGAGGCGCUCGCCGCCGUCACAAAGAUCGUCGGCUACCUGUCAGCACCCGCACUCUCGCAUAGAUACGAGAGUGAAGCACAGAGCCUCAUCUAUUCCUACCUCGCACUCGUGCCAGACAGCUCUACAUUGGAUGCCUCUCAACUUGCAGAACAGCUCGUGGUCCUCUCGCUCGGUCUGCCGAAUUUCUACGACAUCGAGAAACUGACCGGGCUCGCGCGCGUCAAUAAGCUACAAUCCUCCCGGCCAGAUCUCGUCGGCCUACUUGAAACCCUCCUCGCAGGGACCGUCAAGGCGCUCGUCUCGUUGCUUGACACGAGCAAGGGUGCUGCCCUUCUGUCGAGCCACAAGCUUGACAAGGCUAGUCUGAUCAAGAAAGGCCGCCUCAUGAUCCUCGCCGAUCUGUGUAGUGCGAGGAUAGGCCAGACGCUGGGCUACGAUCAGCUGGAGGCUGCCCUAUCACUCGAAGCAGAUGGUUCGGCUCCCAGCGAUCUCGACUCCGAUGAGCGUGCCAUGCUCACAGAGACGUGGGUCAUCGAGACUAUUCGAUCAGGACUACUGAAUGCUCGCAUCCAUCAGCCGACGCUGACCAUCUCCAUCGUUCGCGCAUCGUCUCGCAUAUUUGGUGCAUCUCAUUGGAAGGCGCUGGAGGAGCAUCUCUCGUCCUGGAGAACCCAGCUGGACAACGUCAUCAGCGUCGUCGACCAGGCGGCAGGCGGCAGCAAGACGCUCAACCGACCCGCGCCAUCACUUCAGACAGACGACCUCGAAGACGAAUCUCUGAUACCUGAGAACCCGGCGGCAGCGAUUGCAGUGAGCUAG